AUGGCUUGCUCAGGUGUAGCAGUUUGCACUGGGAAGGGCUAUUGUUAGAGCAGAUGAUUCACUUUUGAAGUGGCUGAGGCAAGUGGAUCAGGGGAAUGUCAACAUAAGCCAAAGGACAAAUGAUGACUCCUAACAGGGAUGAAGUUCUGUGGGCUCUCCCACAAACAGAUGAGCAGGCUGAAGCCCUUCAGGACUUACUGAACACCACUGAGGUCAUUCUCUGGCAACCUGUUGUGGUUGAAAACAUCAAGAAGGACAGAGAAGUCCAUUUUUACGUCGGGGCAUCCAGCAUAAGUAGCAUAAAAACUCAGUUAAGGAAACUGACCAUUCAGUACAGAGUCUCACUGGGAGAUGUUCAAGCCCUUAUUGAAAAGCAGACUAUCAAUGACACAGCCAACCCACGUAGCUCUUCAUCAUAUUAUGAAAACUACCACUCGCUGAAAGAAAUAUAUUAUUGGAUGGAAGAAAUAGUGAAAGUCCAUUCUGACCUCCUCCAGAAAAUAUACAUUGGAUCAUCAUACGAAAAACGACCACUUUAUGUUCUCAAGCUUUCUAAAAGCCAGGAAAAUCCCAAAAGUGCCAUAUGGAUUGACUGUGGUAUCCAUGCUAGAGAAUGGAUUUCUCCUGCUUUUUGCCUGUGGUUCAUAGGCCAUGCAAUCCACAUGCGUGAGAGAGAUCGGACCAUGACAGCACUUCUGGAGCACUUUGAUUUCUACGUCAUGCCUGUGAUAAAUGUGGAUGGCUACGAGUACACAUGGAGCCAUCCCUCUAAUCGACUGUGGAGAAAGAGCCGCUCCUCACAUGGUAACAGCAGGUGCAUUGGUACUGACAUGAACAGGAACUUCGAUGCGCAUUGGUGUGGGGAAGGAGCAUCCCCCAAUGAAUGUCACCAGAUAUAUUGUGGACCCUAUCCAGAGUCUGAACCUGAAGUGAAAGCAGUGGCUCGCUUUAUCAGAGAUCACAAAGACAUCAUUAAAGCCUACAUAACCAUGCACUCUUAUUCCCAGAUGGUAUUGUUUCCAUAUUCUUACACUAUGGACAAAAGCAAAGACCAUGAUGAGCUGGAGAGUUUGGCGAAGAAAGUAGCUAUAGCUAUAAAAAGGACAACAAAGAAAAUAUACAGACCUGGUGCUGGCGCACAAACAAUUUAUUUAGCUCCUGGGGGUUCUGAUGACUGGGCUUACGAUCUUGGCAUCAAAUAUUCUUUUACCAUUGAGCUUCGGGACACAGGAACUUAUGGAUUUUUGCUUCCUCCUCAGGAAAUUAAGCCAACUUGCAUAGAGGCAAUUUCUGCUGUCAAAGAGAUAGCUCAGCACGUUCUUCAAAAUUUGUGAGUUGAGGAAAAUUUAUUCUAGUAUGACUGUACUGAACUCAAAUAAUAAUAAAAAAGCUUGCUGCUUUAUUAAAA